GGAGCCUCUGCCUGGGAGGGGACUCUGAUCCUCCCUCCCAGACACCGGCAGGAAGUCGGCACUCACCCUCGGACGAGCCUGGGCUCCGCAGCCAGCACAGAACUCUUGAAAAACACAGGCCACCAGUGAGAGAGUUCGCUGUCUGCCACCCCUGCCAGCAUGAGCGGCAACGGGACAGAAUUCACGGCCGGCUACCUCUCCUCUGCUGUAGCAAUUCUCUUGUAUGGCUCCAACUUCGUACCACUUAAAAAAUACGACACGGGUGAUGGGAUGUUUCUUCAGUGGGUGCUCUGUGCUGCCAUUUGGUUGGUCGCCUUGGUGGUCAACUUGAUACUCCGCUGCCCCAAAUUCUGGCCUUUUGCGAUGCUCGGCGGCUGCAUUUGGGCAACAGGGAACAUUGCUGUCGUCCCAAUUAUCAAAACCAUCGGUUUAGGUCUUGGGAUCCUCAUCUGGGGAUCAUUUAAUACCUUAACUGGCUGGGCAAGUUCAAGGUUCGGCUGGUUUGGGAUGGAUGUGGAAGAAGUGUCGAACCCCAUGUUGAAUUACCUUGGAGCUGGGCUGUCCGUAGUAAGUGCCCUCACAUUUUUGUUCAUCAGAAGUGAAGUUGAGACUAGUCCAAGCAAUGUGGACAACACGCCACUGAUAACAGAACCUGUGAUCAACACAGCUGAAGACCACUGCUCCGAUUCCUCCUGGGUGGAUAGACUUUCUGCCAAGUACCACCGCAUUGUGGGCUGCAGCCUCGCAGUGAUAUCCGGGAUACUCUACGGAUCGACGUUUGUGCCAAUCAUUUACAUCAAGGACCACAGCAAAAGAAAUGAGAGUGUAUAUGCGGGCGCUAGCCAGUUUGACUUGGACUACGUUUUUGCACACUCCAGCGGCAUCUUUCUUACGAGUACCGUCUACUUUGUGGCCUAUUGUGUAGCCAUGAGAAAUAGGCCAAAUCUGUAUCCAGAGGCCAUCUUACCAGGCUUCCUGUCGGGGGUGCUGUGGGCCAUCGCCACCUGCUGCUGGUUCAUAGCCAACCACUCGCUGAGCGCCGUGAUCAGCUUCCCGAUCAUCACUGCUUUCUUUUAUUUUAAGGGUCCUGGACUUAUCGCUGCGCUAUGGGGUAUCUUCAUUUUCAAGGAAAUACAGGGUCUCCGAAACUACUUACUAUUGUUGCUGGCCUUCUGCAUCAUCUUGUCUGGGGCCCUAUGCACGGCUUUUUCCAAAAUCUAACCUAUUCACAACAGGACCAGCAGGUGGCAGCAGUGGCUAGAAGAGCCCCUCUCCCGCACAAGAGACUACAGCAGACUGCUAAACCGUCUGUAUAGCAAAGGAUCUCUGCCACUCUGGGAAUAAAUGGAUAAAUGACUCUUUAUUCCACAAACGUGAGAAUGAAGAGAGACCGUGAAAAGUCCUCCCGAUGAGCUGUUAACGAAGGCAGGACUUGUCUGGGUGGCUCAAAGACAAGCUGCGUUCUUGGAUCGCCCUGUCUGAGGGUGCUGAUUCCAUCAGAUUCCACUUCACGUUAUAAUCCAGAAAACAGGAUGGAUUUCGUACAAAGGAAAUUGCCACCCACAUUUAUAACAUUAACGAAGAGGAGCAGAAACAAAUACUUAGUCGGCUGAGGGAAGAAACGGGCUCACCUUAUGGAAUUCAAGUUCAAAGAUGCCAGGGCCCUUUGCUAGAGAAAGUAAAUGUCACAGUUGCUAACUGAAUGUUUAAAAGGCCAGCUCAUUAUUUUUAGCCAAAAAUUGUUUUGACUUUAACAUUGCUCAGCUCUUAACAUUGCCUGCCCUUCUUAGCUCAAAAUAUUUUGAUAGUUAUUCCAGAUAAAAAUCCAUCCCCAGAGAGCAAGUCACCAGCCCUCACAAUAUGUAUGUGUGGUGUAAUUCACGAGCACACAUAUGGUGCGCAUGGUUGCAGAUUUGGAGAACAUUCUAGAGUUGACAGGAAUAAAGGUUUUACUUCAUCAGGUUUAAUUUAAAGGGAACAUGCUCAUUGGACUCCUAUAUUUUUGUUUCUAAAAUGCCAUUACUUAAAAUCAAUUUCAUCAGAAGGGUUUUGUUUUGAUCCUAUCUUAGAUGAUUUUCAGGAGACAAAAGGGCACAGAAAAUGUAUUGAUUUAGCCGGGCGGUGGUGGCGCAUGCCUUUAAUCCCAGCACUCGGAAGGCAGAGGCAGACGGAUCUCUGUGAGUUCGAGGCCAGCCUGGUCUACAAGAGCUAGUUCCAGGACAGGCUCCAA